AUGUCAAUCGGAGUUAAAAUGCGGACUUUUUUGGUGCUCUUUUUCGUGACCUGUGGAUGUUUCGCCGGCUCCUGGGAUAACAAUAAUUCUCGAUGCCCGCCAGUGUUAUUUCCAAACGGGAAAGUACGAUCGCGCGGUCGUGGAAGGAUUAUCAGAUUUAAUUGCUUCGAAGGAUUCACCCUAGUCGGCAAUAAAUACUCGACGUGUGUUCGCGGCACUUGGGACACACCAACCCCAGUUUGCGUUAAUUCACAAUGUCCAACGUUAGCGACUCCAGAUCAUGCAUUAGUAGCGUCUAAAUAUAACGGCGCAAUAUUGAUGUACUUUUGCGAACCAGGACACGUAUUGGUUGGAACUGCUGAAAUUUACUGCAACGGAAAGCAAUGGAAUGGCACUGCUCCUUAUUGCAGAGAUACGACCGCCACGGCGCCGACAAAAUGUGAUUUUGAAAAACCGGAUCUCUGCUGGUGGGAACAAGAUCCACGACAUGAUUUCGAUUGGCAAAGACACAAUUUUGAGACUCCUAGUUCACACAUUGGGACCGGACCAACGUAUGAUCACACUCUUGGCGCCGGAAAUGAUGGUUACUAUCUUUAUAUUGAAGCUUCCGGUCGACUUACGAAUGAUACUGCACGAAUAAUUUCCCCUUUAUAUAAUGCGUAUCACAUGUUUGGCGCAGGAAUAGGCGCACUGCGUGUCUACUUGAAAGAAGAAAGUACAGAGACACUAAAAUUAAUGUUCGAGAAACGGGGCGAUCAAGAUAAUCGUUGGCUACAUGGGCUGUUUGAUCUUCCAAAGACAAACUCAAGUUUCCAGAUAAUAAUUGAAGGCGUACGUGGCAUCAACUAUGUCAGCGAUAUAGCGAUUGACGAUGUCGCUAUUCUCCAAGCUGACGAAUGCACUCAAGCAAGAAGAAUUGAUUCUGAUACUACAGUCCGUAGUGUUACUGAUGAUGAUCAAAUAGAAAUAAUAAAUGCACUACAAAGUUGUCGCGGUAGAUGCGGUAAUAUACCUGGAAUAAAUACUUGGACAACAAUUAUCCCAUUGUCCUCGCCCGAUGCCUGUCAGUGUUCUCUCGAAUGCGCUGAGAAUUCCACUUGUUGCCCCGACUUCGCUGAGUAUUGCAUUCUAGCCGUGACAGAUUAUCCAUUGUCAGCGUCAACAAGCGAGGAAUUAAAUCCAACAACAAAAUUAAACCCUUUGAUAAUUACAAUAGAUACAAAGGAUGAAAUAGACCCAGAAGCGUCAAAUCCUCCUCGGAAAUUGUCCUCGCCUGUUACGGCUAAAUUAACGACCAGCGAAUUAGGGACCACCGUAAAAACCAGGACCAGGACAACAGACAAAGCUCUUCAUCCUGAAACUCCGUUUCCUACUACUCUUCGACAUGAAUCACCAGCACGAACUACAGAAUCUAUUACCGUGAAAAUCGCUUCCAAGACAACUGAUUCAAGUAUUAAUACCAUUUCUUCUGAAUCAGAUGUUCUAGUUGGUCGCGUUGAACAAUUACAGGCCGCUGUGAGCUUCGGUUUGUCUGAAAUAAUUAGCAUUGUCGUAGUUUUGAUUGCUGCAGUAGCAAUAGCCACUGGUAUUAUUAUUGUUGUGUUACGACGACGAAAAACUUACAAAAGAGGAUCCGGUAGCAGUGGGUCUAUUUUGUCUGAAGACAGCGAUGUUCGUUUUUUAACUUCCGAUGAAGUACUUGAUUUUAAUCUAGCGCGGCCGAAUGAGUAUGAUGAAAUUUGA